AUGGCGCUAUCUGCCAAUGGCUGGAGAAAAGAGCCCGAGUCGCUGUGCGGCCGCAUCUCUCAAACAGAGGCACAAGCACUUCGGCUUCAAGAGGAGCUUUCUACCAUCCUCAGAGGGCUGGCCGUUCUGAAAGAACAAGUGAAGAAUGCGGAUGAAUUGGCAGGGGAGGUUGAGACUGAAAAGCUUCGUUUGGAGGUGGAUGAUGUCUUAAGACGACAGGGAACCAUCUUAGAGGAGAUGGUGAAAUCAGCUGAGUCCUUUCCAAGGCGCUGGGCACAGCUGGAGUUGAACACCAGCCAACGCAAAUCUCUCAUGCUCAGCAUCAAGGCGAGUUCUCGCUGCGCACGAGGCCUGCGCACCGGUGGCUCUCGAGCCCGAGGCCCGAAGAGCUCGUGA